GAGACGGGAGCUCUCCACCCUCCCACAGCCGCCCGGGACACACCACUUGGCGGAUGGACCCCAGCCCCACUCGCAGCCACCCCCCACUACUUCAGAGUCGCCAACAACACCCCUUGCUGCUGGGUCACCUGUGCCACCUCCGCAACCCCAGACACACCCGCCAGUCCUGACUGAGGUCAGCCAAGUGGAGCGUACGCCAGUUCCUGACGACCAGCUCUGCACCCUCCCACAGCCGCCCGGGACACACCACUUGGCGGAUGGACCCCCGCCCCACUCGCAGCCACCCCCCACUACUUCAGAAUCGCCAACAACACCCAUUCCUGCUGGGUCACCUGUGCCACCUUCGCAACCCCAGACACACCCGCCAGUCCUGACUGAGGUCAGCCAAGUGGAGCGUACGCCAGUUCCUGACGACCAGCUCUGCACCCUCCCACAGCCGCCCGGGACACACCACCUGGCGGAGGUUCAAUCAAACGAGUUUGCCGGCGGACCCUCCACCACACCGGCCUCGGAGGAUAGCGCAGACGACAACUCGGACGACAGCGCGUCGGGGACGCCGGAGGGUGACGACCAGUCGGACUACAGCGCGUCUGAGACGUCCGCUACAGACGACCAGUCGGACUACGGCGCGUCUGAGACGUCCGCUACAGACGACCAGUCGGACUACGGCGCAUCUGAGACGUCCGACACUGAUGAACAGUCCGGCGUUUCCAUGGAUUCAACCGAGACUGGUUCACCUGCACCGCCACGGACACUUGAGCCACAGGUGCUGGUCUAUGAAGACACACCAUGCAGUACCUUACAGGAGAUGAACAGCAGCGAGUCGGAGGAAGAUGACCAAAAAGCCGUAAAGCGUCCCCUUAAGAUGUCGCUGAGGCCAAGGAGGCUAUAUCGGUACCAUGGCGCCGGCAACCCCCAAUUAACACCGUCGCCACAUGGGUCCCAGCCAAUGACAAAGCAGCCAAUGACAACGCAGCCAAUGACAACGCAGCCAAUGACAACGCAGCCAACGACAACGCAGCCGCAGCCACCGCCACCACUGGAGGACUCUCCGCCGCCACCAAGUGGGGGAGAUUUAAGCAAGGUGGAGGACACGGAGAAGACUGACCCGCCAGACGAGUUGGACAGCAGCAGCGAGUCCAAAGAAGGGUUGACAGCUGAGGAUGCAGAACAACUGCUGCAGACUUCUCUGAAAAAGCCGCGGGGGGACAGCGGCGGUUAUUGCCUGCCAAAAGAGAGGAGUCCUCGUUCAUCAAAAACCAGAAGGAGGGUGUUGCCGUACACUGCGGACCUCAAGGAAGAUAUCAAGAGGGUCUUCCGUGACGUGUGGAGUGACGUGAUCACCGUUGGAAUGAUGAAUGACGUCCUAAAUAAAGAGCCAGCACUUCUGGAGAAAUGCCAGAAGUUGAAAUUGACCAUCCAUAAUUUCAGGGCUUUAGUCCACAAAUUGCAGAAAGAGUGAUUUUUUCGAAGCUGUGGUUUUUUACCGUGUACUUGUUUUUGUAUGUGUGUAUGUAUAUAUGUAUGUCUAUAUAACGGCUUUAUAAAUGCAUGUGUUUUCCUUUGUCACGUUAAUACUAUUUGUAUAUAUUGAUUGAAUUGUAGCGUGACUAGUCAAAUAUGUGUGUUGAAUUGAAAAUAAAUGUUCUAUUAUGUUUGAAUUCAA